UUCACAACUUAAAACUUCAGAACUCCCUCUCUCUGUCUCUCUAAUCUUUUUCUUUUGCUUUCUCUCUCUGCUUUUCACCAUCAUUGACGCUUAUCUCUCUCUCUCUCUCUCUCUCUCUCUCUAACUGAUAACUGAUACUUCCAGAUUCUAUUACUUCAAAGCAAUCUCCGAGACCAUUUUUCUCUCUUGUUUGAUUCAUUUACGGAGUACCCAUUUGGAUUUAGACCCAUGGCGGCGCCUAAACCAGAAGAGAUAACUCAUCCACCAAUGGACCAACUUCAAGGCUUAGAAUAUUGUAUUGACUCAAACCCAUCUUGGGGGGAGGCUAUAGCUUUGGGUUUCCAGCACUACAUUUUGGCCUUGGGAACUGCAGUGAUGAUCCCUUCAUUCCUUGUUCCUUUAAUGGGUGGAAAUGAUGAUGAUAAAGUGAGAGUAGUACAGACUCUGCUCUUUGUUGAAGGAAUCAAUACACUUCUACAAACACUUUUCGGAACCCGAUUACCGACUGUCGUCGGAGGGUCUUAUGCAUUCAUGGUUCCGAUCAUAUCCAUUAUCCAUGAUUCUUCACUGACUAGAAUUGAGAAUGAUCACAUUAGAUUUCUUAACACCAUGAGAGCAGUACAAGGAGCUCUAAUAGUAGCUUCAAGCAUACAAAUUAUUCUAGGAUACAGUCAAAUUUGGGCCAUUUGUUCCAGGUUCUUCAGCCCCCUUGGAAUGGUUCCAGUUAUUGCAUUAGUGGGUUUCGGUCUGUUUGAUAGAGGCUUCCCAGUGGUUGGAAGGUGUGUGGAAAUUGGCAUUCCAAUGCUCAUCCUUUUUGUAGCCUUCUCCCAGUACCUGAAGAACUUCCAUGUGAGACAGCUACCAAUACUGGAACGUUUUGCUCUUCUAAUAUCAGUGACAGUGAUAUGGGCAUAUGCGCACCUCUUGACAGCCAGUGGUGCAUACAGGCACCACUCUGAACUGACCCAAGUCAAUUGCCGAACAGACAGGGCCAACCUCAUUUCUUCUGCACCAUGGAUAAAGAUCCCAUACCCUCUUCAAUGGGGUGCUCCUACGUUUGAUGCUGGUCAUGCCUUCGGAAUGAUGGCUGCUGUUCUAGUCUCAUUGAUUGAGUCAACUGGAGCAUACAAAGCUGCAUCACGUCUAGCCAGUGCCACACCACCGCCGGCUCAUGUUCUCAGCCGAGGUAUUGGCUGGCAGGGAAUAGGGAUCCUUCUAAAUGGACUAUUUGGGACAUUGACUGGCUCAACAGUUUCUGUAGAAAAUGUGGGCCUUCUUGGAAGCACUCGUGUUGGAAGCCGCAGGGUUAUUCAAAUCUCAGCUGGUUUCAUGAUAUUUUUCUCAAUUCUAGGAAAAUUUGGAGCUUUGUUUGCAUCAAUACCCUUCACCAUAUUUGCAGCCGUGUACUGUGUUAUGUUUGGUCUUGUUGCUUCUGUGGGGCUAUCAUUUUUGCAAUUCACAAACAUGAACUCCAUGAGGAACCUUUUCAUCACAGGGGUUGCUCUCUUCUUAGGCCUAUCUAUUCCGGAGUACUUCAGGGAAUAUACUUCUAAAGCCCUUCACGGACCUUCUCACACCGGGGCUGGAUGGUUCAAUGAUUUCCUGAAUACCAUCUUCUUCUCAUCCUCAACUGUGGCAUUGAUUAUUGCCGUUUUCUUGGACAACACACUUGAUUACAAGGACAGUGCCAGAGACAGGGGAAUGCCAUGGUGGGUCAAGUUCAGAGCUUUUAAAGGAGACAGUAGAAAUGAAGAGUUCUACACACUUCCCUUCAACCUCAACCGGUUCUUUCCUCCAUCUUGAAGUGGUGCCGUGCCCAUCAUCAAAAUGUAAGUUGAACUUGAUCAGAGGAAAAGCAUCACAGAGGAAAAGCAUCAUUUCCUGCUAGGGGACCAUCAUGAUCAGAAACACAAAAGAGCAACUAAUAGCUGUUCUGAAAUUCUAGGAGACGACUUCCCUCCUUUUCAUUUAUAUAUAUUUGACUCGGAUUAUUCGGGUUUAAUCUAAUAAAUUAAAUUUUUGGGUGCUUCUUUGCUACCCUAUUUUUUUAUUUUUUAUU